AUGGAAAAUGUUGAUCAGACAAAGAAUUCACACACUCACUCUCGCCUGGAGUACAACACCAGAUUCGGAUCGCGUACACCGUCAUUGGUGGAAGAUCGUGCGUGCGUGCGUGCGAAGACGAGGUCGGUCCUCAGGAUUCCCGGUCAUCUCUUUAAUCAUGAUGCUAAUGGACUGAGGAAAGCUAGCCUUCCUUUUGAAAAAUUGAUGGGAUAUUAUGGGCACAGGCG